AUGAAGAAGUUGAAAGCAGAAAACGACGAAAUUAAAGAGAAGGUGAAGAACUUAGCGAAUGACAAAGACCAACUUUCUUCUGAAAAGAAGAAGCUUCAAGACCAAUAUGACCAACUCAAUAACUUAGUCUCGGAACAUGAAGAUGAGACCAACAACUUGAAUGGUUCAAUCAAAAAGUUACAAAGAGACUUAGAAGCAAACAACACUGAGUUGACCGAAUUAAGAGACAGAACAGCUAAAGACAAGAAGAAAAUAGCCGAUUUGGAACAAAAAGUACAAGACCUUGAAGAUAGACCAGUUGGGACUUCAAAUAUCGACCAAACAGAAGUCAUCAAGAGAGACAACCAAAUUGCUUAUUUGGAGAAUGAGGUUGCUGCGUUGAAAGAUCAGAACACUCAACUUGAUGCUGCUAAAAAGAAUAUGAAAAGUGAUGGCUUUGGACGACAAAGCGGAGGCCGAGAAGACUGCCGCGGACCAAUCUGA